CUCGUUAUUUGUCAAUACCUGAACUGUCAAAACAAAAUUUAUUGGAAUCGGAGGAUUUGAGAGGCGUUAACCGAGACAGUUUUCCCUAAAAAACCCUUGUUAAACAAAAUGAUUCGCUUCAUUUUAAUUCAAAACCGUGCGGGUAAGACGCGUCUGGCGAAAUGGUACAUGAAUUUCGAUGACGAUGAGAAGCAGAAGCUUAUUGAAGAAGUACACGCUGUAGUCACAGUCAGGGACGCGAAGCACACCAACUUUGUUGAGUUCCGAAACUUCAAGAUAGUGUACCGGCGAUACGCGGGGCUGUACUUCUGCAUCUGCGUGGACGUGAACGACAACAACCUGUGCUACCUGGAGGCCAUCCACAACUUCGUGGAGGUCCUCAAUGAGUACUUCCACAAUGUCUGCGAGCUGGACCUCGUCUUUAACUUCUACAAGGUGUACACAGUAGUGGAUGAGAUGUUCCUAGCGGGCGAGAUCCGGGAGACCUCGCAGACCAAGGUCCUCAAGCAGCUGCUCAUGCUCAACUCCCUCGAGUAAUGUCGAGACAAUACUCUUCACCCACACAAGUGCAGCCUCCACACAUUCAGGUACUAGGUUAAUUUUAAACUUAUAAAAGUUUCAAGAUUGGACAUGGUAAAAUAAAUAGGUAUUGAGUUUAAACAUGGUAACAAUUAUGUUUUAGAAAUAACCUUUAUUGACCUUAUCUCUGUCCCCCAUUGAAAGUCUUUUUAAGAUCCAGAUGCUAAAAUGGCAAUUGCAGCAAUUUAUCAAUCUGACCAUUUCAGUAAAAAUUUGGGAAAAACAUGGUUACUCGUCAAUUUAUCAAUUGUACUGAUAUUUUAGUUAACAGAAAUACUUUACAGGCCUGUUUGCUAUGCACUAUUUGUAACAAAGGUGUGGAGGCCGCUUAAUGUUGAUACUGCAAUAAUCUGUAUAGUACGCGGCAGCACAAGCCUCGCCGCCCUAGAAGGGAACAGUAUUACUUUGCUAGUAAACUUUUUAAUAUUAUGAAAUAAAUACAAUAUUUGUUCUUUAUUUACAACAUUAGAAAACCCUGAUGAAAUCAAUUGAAUCAGGUAGAAUGAAAGAAACAAUCGUUCAAUCCAGUUUGCAUUCCCUUCUUAAACACCAGCAGUACAACUAUAAGUGGAUUCUUAUUGUGUAUGGAGUAUUUAAUAAAUAAAAUAUAUGAUCUGUAAUAUUACACUAGGUGUAUGAAGAUAGAAAAUUAGUUUAUGUGUUGAAUUGUAUGAGUAUUUAAAUCUAUUUAUUUAUUUUUAAUACUCAUUCUAUUUCUUAGAGCCUUGUAUGGAGCCUUGGGCUCUGUAAUAGCUUAAUGUAUUGGUGAGGAUUUUAAACCUAGGCAAUAAUUAAAACUUUUCAUAGUCACAGUUGAUAUGUUUAUUAUGAAAAACAAAGUUAUCUGUAGCUAUAUUUCAGCAUAUAUGAAGACAUUAUGGAAUAAUAAAUAACUUAGCUGCAUGUUAAGUAACACGUUUCACUAUAAAGUGUAUUUGUAUAUAAAAGAUUGUAUCAAUAAGUGUUGUAUGUUUCUGUAGAGAAAUAUCUUGAUAUGAGAGUAAAAUUAUAUUACAUUUAUGACA